AUGGUUCAUCGCUGGGCGGCAAAAAUAAAUAAAGACCGAAGGCUUUCCUCAUCUUCCCCGGAUCAAAUUAAACGCCCCUUUGCAGCUAAGCCUGUGAAUUGUGAUCUAGUUACUCAGUUACCAUACAGCCUCGUUACCUUUUUCUUCUUCGCAGAGAUGGCAGAAGGUGUCCUUUUCGCCGUUGCAGAGGGAAUUAUUGGCAAGUUGGUUUCCCUUGCUUUCCAAGAGAUUGGACUCUGGUGUGGUGUUCAAGGUGAACUUGACAAGAUCAAGAACACAGUUUCCAGUAUCCGUGCUGUUCUACUUGAUGCAGAGAAGAAGCAGAAACUGAACGAGCAAGUCAAAGAUUGGCUUGGAAAGCUAAAAGAAGUUGUUUACGAUAUGGAUGAAUUGCUUGAUGAUAUCGCUACUGAAGGCUUGCGGCAACGGGUGAUGGAUGGGAAUAGAAUCUCAAAGGAGGUACGUGUUUUCUUUUCUGGUUCCAACAAGGUUGUUUAUGGUUGUAAGACGGGUCAUAAAAUUAAGGGAAUAAGGGAGAGGUUGGCUCAGAUUGAAGCUGAUAGUAGCCAAUUCAAGUUUGAGGUUCAAACAGAGGAGUCAAGUGAGGUGAUGAUGAGGGAGACAGUUUCCUCUCCACCUGAUGUUGUUAUUGGAAGGGAAGGAGACAAAAACGCAAUCAUUCAGCGUUCAUUGGCUUCCAAAGAAGAGGGUGUUUCAAUCUUUUCAAUAGUUGGAAUCGGUGGAUUAGGAAAGACCACACUUGCUCAAAUCAUUUUCAAUGAUGAGCAAGUUGAGUCACAUUUUGAAUUGAAAUUGUGGGUUUGCGUUUCAGAUCCUUUUGAAGUAAAAGUAGUUGUCAAAAAGAUCUUAGAGUCUGCAACUGGUAGAAAGUCUGAAGAUCUUGAGCUAGACACUCUGAUGCGUGAACUCGGAAAACAGAUCAAUGGGAGAAAAUUCCUGCUUGUUUUAGAUGAUGUGUGGAAUGAAAAUCGUGAGAAAUGGGAUAAUUUAAAGAAAUUGUUAAGGGGAGGUGCAAGAGGAAGUAAGAUAAUGAUAACCACACGUUCAAAGAAAGUUGCUGAUAUAACCGAUACGCUAGAUUCAUAUUUUGUGAGUGGCUUAUCUCCAAGUGAGUCUUGGUCUUUAUUCAUUCAAAUAGUGUUUAAAGGCCAAGAACCAACAAAUCCUGGGUUGGUGGGGAUUGGAAAGGAGAUUGUGCAGAAAUGUGCUGGAGUUCCUCUUGCAAUAAAGACAAUAGGAAGCCUAUUGUACUUUAAAGAUCCUGAAACUGAGUGGUCGCCUUUUCUGAAGAAUGAACUUUCAAAAGUAGCUCAAAAUGAAAAUUAUAUUUUACAAACACUGAAAUUGAGCUAUGAUCAUCUUCCAUCACAUUUGAAGCAGUGCUUUGCAUAUUGCAGCUUAUUUCCAAAAGAUUAUCAAAUUGACGUGAAAAAAUUAAUUCAGAUGUGGAUAGCACAGGGAUUCAUUAGGCCAUCAUUUUCUGGCCAACGUGUUGAAGAUUUCGGUCUUUGGUAUUUUAAAGAUUUAUUAUGGAGAUCUUUCUUCCAAGAUGUGCAAAUGGAUAUAUGGGGAGAAAUAGAGAGCUGCAAAAUGCAUGACCUAAUGCAUGAUCUAGCAACAUCAGUGUCAGGAUUGGAGACUACAAUAUCAAAUUCUAAAGGUGAGUCUAUUACUGAAAAGACUCGUCAUGUAUUGUUUGACUUCGACGGUUUCGAAGAGUUCUCAUGGAAAUUUCCAGCAUCCUUACUUGGAGCUAGGAAAGUUCGGACAUUUCUGGCCGUAAAUGCAAAGUAUACCUUAAAUUUUGAAGAAGUGCAAUUAGAUGCACUCUUUCGUAGUUUGAGAAGCUUAUUGGUGUUGGAUUUGAGUCGCUUUGGGAUCGUGACACUUCCCCCUUCAAUUGGCAAGUUAAAAUACGUGAGGUAUCUCAAUCUUUCUUAUAAUUUUAAGCUCAAGAUGCUUCCAAAUUCUAUUACUAAGCUACAAAAUCUGGAAGUGCUCAACCUCAGAUGUUGUUCUGCACUUGAGGAACUACCAAAAGAUAUUAAUAAGUUGGUUAAUCUUAAGAUUUUAGACUGUGAAAACUGUACAAAUUUGACCCACAUGCCUUGUGGACUUGGAAAAUUGACUUCCCUUGAGGAGUUGACGAGCUUUACAGUGGCAAAAGAGAGUUCCAUCUCCAAACAUGUUGGUGGCUUGAACGCAUUAAACAGGUUAAACAACUUGGGGGGAGAGUUGCAGAUCCACAAUCUCAGAUACGUGAAAAAUGCCAUUGCAGAAUUUGAGGAUGCCAAUUUGAAAGAGAAGCACGAUCUCCAGUCAUUGUUCUUAAGUUGGGGUGGAAGUGUUAGUGAAAACAGUAUAGACACUGUGUACGAUCCAAACUCAUUGCAACGUCUACAGCCUCAUGCAAAUCUUAAGAUGUUGGGCAUGCAUGCAUAUGGAGGUCUGGAGUUCCCAAACUGGUUUUCUUCCCUUAAAAAUCUAGUCUCUAUUGAGAUUGCAGAUUGCAGUAGAUGUCAGCAUCUCCCAUUGUUGGAUCAAAUCCCUUCUCUUAAAAAUUUAUGGCUUAAUAAUUUGACCGACAUAGAGCAUAUAGAUGGUGGUAACAAUCAUUUUCAUGGUGGAGGAGUAAGAGGAGCAACAUUCUUCCCAUGUCUGAAGACGCUUAGACUACUGAAUUGUCCUAAUCUGAAGGGAUGGUGGAAGAAGAGGGAUAAUGAUGAUAACGGCGUUAGUGCAACUACCACAAUAAAUGCAGAUCAGCUGCCCCAAUUUGCUUGUCUAUCGUACCUGAGAAUUCGUAAUUGUCCCAAGCUAACUUGGAUGCCACUGUUUCCAGCUCUUGACGAUACUCUAUGGCUGGGGAAUGCCAGGCUAGAGCCAUUAGAGCAAACAAUGAAGGCUAAGAUGAUGACAUCACCCUCUCCUUCUUCUUCUUCAUCAAUCGUUCAGCUUCAGCCACUUUCCAAAUUGGAGAAGUUGGAGUUCCAUUCAAUGGAAGACCUUGUAUCUUUGCCAGAAGAGUGGUUGCAAAACUUCACUUCUCUUCAAGAAAUAAUCAUUGAGUCUUGCCCGAGAUUUGCAUCUUUGAGGAAAGGGAUGCAUCAUCUCACUUCCUUACGACGCUUGAAAAUUAGUGGAUGUCCCCAGCUGAAGACAUAUGCAGACCACAUGGAUAUGGAUUGGCCUAAAGGCGCUGAAAUUCGAAUUGAUGAUAAAUUGUUUCAGCGGAAGGAUUCCCUCCCAUUGGAUGACCAGAGAUAAUUCCGAAUUUAUGCUCAGGUUCACCGCCAAAAAUUUCAAGAAAUUUGGCAGUUCUCCUGAGGAUUGUUGCUUGGUUCUUUGUAAUGAUGAACAUGGCUUGCAAUGACCAGGCCUUGAAGACACAUACCAGAGAUAUGCAAGCCUAUGUCAGUUCCAACACUUGAAAUGAUUACCUGUCCAAGUGGUAGAAUGGAUGCUCUUGGAUGGGUCUCUGGUUCUGGUAGCUACUAUUUGCUCUUUCUUUUUGGUUGGCUUCUGCAGGAGCUUACUGGGCUGCUGGCCUGUUUAGUUUUGGAACUUUGAGUUUUGUUGUUCUGCUUAGUUUUACUUGGAUAUGUAUUCCGCAGCUUGUUUUUGAGUUUGGUCUUGGUUUUGUUUGUCUUCUAGAAUUUUUCAUUUUGCAUACUAUGUUUUAGGUUGUAUGUCCUAGGUCGGGUGUACUGGGGAGGUUUAUCUAUCGGGGUUUAGUUGAACAUGCCCAUGCUAAGUUUUUCCUGGAUCUAUUUUAUUUAAUUAAUAAAAUCUCCUGCUUAUCAUG